AUGCUAAGUGGGAAUAAAGCCGUGGCAAAACCUAUUGGAGAUGAGGCUACCCAGUAUCUCGAUAGUGAUCCAGUGGAAGCUAAGCCUCUCCAAUUCUGGCGUAACAAUCAAUCCCGUUUUCCUGCAAUUGCAUUACUUGCCCGGGAUGCUCUUUCAAUUCCUGCAACCGGUAUUGGUGUUGAGCGGCUUUUUAACACUGCCCGUAAUGUUUACCAUUACUGA